AUCCCGUUAUUUGUUUAUAUCAACUCUCGUGCUGAAAAAAAAAAAAAAAAUUCGCCGAUCGUUUUCCCUUUUCCUUGUUUUCGAAGGAAAGGGAGUCUGCGAAGUGCGAGUUGAUUCCUUGGGAUUAAUUAAAUUAUGGAUAACUAUUAUUAUCAUCAGCUUGCAUCAUGUCCUUCUUACAGGGAUUCACUGAAUGUUCUUGAGGUUGAUAUACAGUUUGCUAAUAUGCUGGCAAAUUCUAUUCCAAGGGAUAAAAGUGGAGCGUGUCUUCAAAUGGAGUUAGGUUACAGUGACAUGGCAUACAUUUUAUCAUUUUUACUCCAAUGGAUCGAUUUCCCAUGUUCAUGUUUCCUUCAAACAUGUGUAAAUUUCUGUUACGUGGUUGUACACAAGGUCUUGCCAGAUGAGAAACCAAAGCUUACUUCACUUGGGAGAAAGGCAACCAUUAGAGAGUUCUACGAUGUGAUAUUGCCAUCUCUCAAACGUCUACGAACAAAUCCAUUGGAGAUGGAAGAGAAUGAAGAGAAUAUUCAACCUUUUGGAACAAAUUCCAGAAAGAAAAUACAAAAAAAUAACGAUGUUGAUAUGGAAAGAGAAGACGAAUGUGGUAUAUGCUUAGAGCCAUGCACCAAAAUGGUUUUGCCAAACUGUUGUCAUGCAAUGUGCAUCAAUUGCUACCAUGAUUGGAACAUGAGGUCAGUAUCUUGCCCUUUUUGUCGUGGUAGCUUGAAGAGAGUGAACUCGGAGGACUUAUGGGUUCUCCCAUGUACAGGAGAUGUGGUUGACCAAAAAACUUUGUCAAAGGAGGACAAAAAAAGGUUCUAUAAUUACAUUAAUAAGCUGCCUAAAGAUGUCCCAGAUGUUGUGUUCUUGGUAUACAAUGACUACUUAUUUUAAUCUGAAUUGAUAAAAUGUGGUUAGCUUUUUCUUGUAUAUUUGUAAUUUUAAAAUGGUGUACAUUCUUAGUGUAGAACUUAACCAUCGUUUCCAAUAGAGAUUGUGUUCUCUGAAGCUUCCAGUAUGUUUUUACUCUUAGUUGCAGGAAAUUGUCUUCUUUUGACUUUUGAAAGUCAAUCCUAGCAAUUUUUAAAUCCAAAUUAGAUGUGAAAACUGCGUUUGGAUCCAUAUUUUUUUUCUUCAGUCUGGUUCUUGUUAUAUUCUAUGAAACAUUCAAAUUUCAUCAUGGGAUCUAAAUAUAGUCAUAUUAAUUCUCAAGUUAAAAGCAGUUCUGUUUGACCUCCAAAGUCAAGAACAGACACUUAUUCUGAAACGGAU